AUGACUACUGUUUCGUCCCCUACUAAUUUGCUGCCUGACCGGAAGAUCGUUGAUGAGCCAUGUAUCCCCUCGUUCUCACAAAAAGCUGGCUUCGACCCCAGCGGCCGCUACUAUUUUCAGGUCUACCGGAUCGAGUUUACGGCGACGAACCCGUCCCACAUCUACGUCUCGUAUAACGUUGAAGUCAUCGAUAUCGUUAUGGAGAAUAGCACCGAGUACAAGGUGGGACCAUUUUUCGACCUGCAGCUGGCCAUCGACAUCUACCCGUUGAAUUCCAACGAAUUUCUGCUGUACACGGCCGGCCAUGGACCCAUCCGGCAACAUUUUGUUCGUCUCGACAGCGGGACUCGCACGGGGUUCCCCUAUUUCACCCGAAACUACUCAAUGAAUAGAGAUGGCGAGCCCCGUGUUGAGAUCAACGACAUCCAGUUGUGCCAUCUGAAGACCAACGUGCUCGUCGUUGCCCAGCAAAGAAAUAAUUCCGGGCUAUAUCUCGCCUUCCUCGCGCCAAUUCUGCCAUGGGAGGGCAACACGGAAGAUCUGUCGGCGCUUCUGAAAAAGAUGGAAGCAUCGCUUUCCCCAAAAGGGCUCACCCUCUCCGUCAAGCGCAAUCCACAAGUGCUUCAUGAUGAUGCCACCGUCCUCUUCCAUGUGCAAAACGCUUUUCUUGGCGUGCCGAUGCCGAUGAUGGUUCUCGUUGUAAAUAUUAGGCGAAAAACGUUCGAACUGGUCGAGCUGCGCACUGACCCGAAAACUGGUUUCCCGAACAGCUCGCCGGGCAGCAUGACACCUCCCUAUCGGAUCAAGUUUGCCGGAUGCCAUUCGGAUACCCUGAUAGCAGCGGCUAACAACUCGAAAGAGCUGACGUGGUGGCGCGUCGCACUUUACCAGCUGCUCCGAAAUGUGAGCCGACAGAUCCUGAACCUGUUGCUCUUCUACCCCGGCCAGCUGCCGCCACGAUGGUUAACGAUUGCUCUGAUCAGGAUGCGCAUCCGUUGCGAUCACUGGCGCUACAAUUUGCUCUUCACCGAGCAGACGAGAGUCGGUUUCCUGAACACGCGCACCUGGACGUGGAAGGAGGCGACGAAAGUGGCAGACGGGCUUCGCUUCUCGCUAUGCCAGCCCGUUGCCAGUGCGACGGGCGCCUGCUACUUGGCCUACAUGGACAAAGACCAGGCGAUGUGGCUACGCCGUCUGCACAAUCCGAAGCGCGUGCUAAGCCUGAAGUGUCUAGCUGAAGCCCGCGCCCUGUCAUCGAACGAGAUGAAGAGUGAAUGCCAAGCCAUCUCGCGGCUAUUCUAC